AUGACGCACGUGGCCGCGGCUCCCUUUGUUACCACCCUGUUGCAAACACAGCAGUCUGCAAAAUCCAUAGUCCCUGCAGUUACGGCAUUGGUGCAGUCCAGCGUCCCGACGGACCGGGCUGCGCCGCUCGGCUCCACACCAGCGCUGCCGGCGGCAGCACAGAUGCUCCCCGUUCCCAACCCGGGAGCCGCCUGGCGCGGAGCGAGCCCGCCGUCGGAGCUGGCCCGCGCCGAUGCAGCGCUGCCUGCGCACGGCCCCGCAGCCACGCGGAGCACAACGUCAGCGCUGACCGCGGUCCUGGAGUGCCCAGACGUGCCUAUCGGUCCCACGCCAGCGCUGCAGGCUCCGGCCAGCCCAGUCCCCGGGCAGGCGGUGGGGGAUGCUCAGCCUGGAGCUCCUCCACCACCUGUGCCGCCCCGUGCCACUGCGUUCCUGCCUCAGUUCUGCCCGGCGACCAUUGCAGCUCACCCCCUGAACUCCUGGUACUCGGCAGCGCCCCACCCCCUGUCGGCAGCAUUCACUGAGAAGCCGCCACCCUCCCAAUCUCCGUCCGAGACACGGCCGCAGCCGCGCUGCCGCUCAGCUGCUCUUCCGUGUCAGCAGUGA